UUGCCUCCCACCUUAGCAAGGAAUACAAAAGCUCACGAGGGAUCAGCAGAUGGAAUGAUGUCUUUGCCUUGUAUCCAUCCCACCCGGGUAGGGAAGAGCUAUUUCUUUUCCCUGCAAUAACUGUCGUUUCUCUCAGCUCCCUGGCUCUCGACAGAAUCCUACUCAGUAGGGCUACAGCCCUUGUGUCCUCCCUGCACGCCGUACUCAGCAGGCAGUUCUCAGCGGCAACCCAGCACGCGUCUGCCCUGUGGACCAGAACGCUCUGUAUUUCUUUUAAGGCACCACCUUAUCAGAUGCGCAAGCUCCUCGGCGUGUGCUUUGUGCCCUUAUUUCCCCUAAUUCGGGCUGGGAGACAUUCAGCUCCCGAUGCUUGUCGAAUCGAAGUGUCUGUUGAGCGCGACAAGAGGAAGAUGCGGAGGGGGGAUGCAGGAUCGACGUUGCUCCCUGAAAGAGGCAUAUUAAUAACACUGAUGCACGGCCAAUUAGCAGGAGGAGCCAGGUCCAGCCCUCGUGUCUGCGUGCUAGUGAUUUAUCGGCAGUAAUUACCGAGGCACUUAAUGCUUAGUUUGGAUGGGAAUUAAUUCGAGGCCAGAUAAAUAAUGCAUUACAGUUUAUUUAGCCCCACGUGAAGCGUCGCCCCCGAGGCAGAGCUGGGAGCGGAGCGGCGGAGAGCGGCUGGCGAUGCACGGGGCGGCGGCCGGGCAGGAGUAUGCUGAGCCCCAGGAUCCGGCAGGCCAAGAGAGCCCGAUCUAAGAGUUUGGUGAUGGGUGAGCAGAUUGGGCCUCCCUCUAGACCUUCUUCUCCUAACCCUCAAGAACGUGUGGUCAAGUGUGGCUGGCUGAAGAAACAGAGGAGCAUUAUGAAGAACUGGCAGCAGCGUUGGUUUGUGCUGCGUGGAGACCAACUCUUCUAUUAUAAGGAUGAAGAGGAAACUAAACCUCAGGGUCUCAUUCUGCUGCAAGGCAAUCAAGUGAAUGAACUGCCACCUAAUCCUGAUGAGCCUGGAAAACAUCUAUUUGAAAUUGCCGCAGGUGGUGCGGGAGACCGGGAAAAGAUGCCUGUCAAUCAUGAAGCUUUCCUGCUCAUGGCUAAUUCCCAGAAUGAAAUGGAAGACUGGGUGAAAGCUAUCCGACGAGUUAUAUGGGCUCCGUUUGGUGGAGGUAUUGCAAAUAGCUCACAUGCACAUAAAUUAAAACAUUUGCCUCAAGGGAUCUUUGGACAGCGAUUGGAGGACACUGUGCAGUAUGAGAGGAAGUAUGGCCAGCGGUUAGCCCCACUGCUGGUAGAACAGUGUGUGGAUUUUAUUCGGGAGCGAGGUCUUACAGAGGAAGGACUCUUUCGGAUGCCUGGCCAAGCCAACCUUGUCAAAGAUUUGCAGGAUUCUUUUGACUGUGGAGAGAAGCCGCUCUUUGACAGCAACACGGAUGUUCACACUGUGGCGUCCCUCCUGAAGCUUUACCUCCGAGAGCUGCCAGAGCCUGUCAUCCCCUUUGCCAAAUACGAAGACUUUCUUUCUUGUGGACAGCUACUCUCAAAAGAUGAGGGAGAGGGUACUCAGGAACUGGUUAAGCAGGUGAAGAACUUGCCCCAGGCCAACUACAACCUCCUGAAAUACAUAUGCAAGGGGGGCUUUUCAAGGUUCCUUGAUGAAGUUCAGGCUCACUCCAGCGUUAACAAGAUGAGUGUUCAGAACCUAGCUACAGUAUUUGGACCAAAUAUAUUACGACCCAAAAUGGAAGAUCCAGUGACCAUGAUGGAAGGCACCUCACUGGUUCAGCACUUGAUGACGGUGCUGAUAAGUGAACAGGGGAGAAUCUUUGCUGUCCCUCAGGCAGAUGUGCCAGGGAGCCAACUGGAAAUCAGACCUGUGCGUCCACGCAACACUGUGGAGUGGAUCUCUGAGGAGGAUGGAGAGGACAGCAGGUCAGAAAACAAUGUUCCUAGCCCUGCUGAUCUGCCUUCUGACAAUGCUGUGGCACUGGAGGCCACCCCUGGACCUGCAUUGAAAAACACCCCUCCGGAGCACAGCAGCAAGUUGGCUCAGCCUGCCACCAGCCCAAGCAAAAGAGUGCAGACGCUACCUCCGUGGAAAUACUCCUUCCGCCAACAGGGAGCAAGGUCUGGGAGCCCAAAGCUGGGCAGCUCAUCCCUAGAUAUCCCCAAUCUCUCCUCCAGUGGAAACUGGCUGAUGAAUGGACUGUACUCUCUCCGAGGCCACCGCCGGACAGCCUCUGGGGAACGAGUUAAAGACUCUUGUUCUUCUCAGAGACUUUCAACUUAUGACAAUGUCCCUUCAUCCAGCCUCUCUCUCAGCACACACAGUAUAGGCAGCACCACAUGGUCUACAUCAUCAUGUGAGAUCUCUGUGGUGGACUCGGUCAGCAGCUGCCCAGCCUGUCGGGCCAGUGAUUCUUCAGCUUUAAGCUCUCUCCAAACCGAGUGGAUGACUCAGGGCUCACUGUCUCAGAGUGAGGUCAAGACUCCAGAUCUGGAGAACAGCAUCGACAGGUUAGAAGCCUGCAGCAGCAGCAGUGAGCAGAGCAACCUAGCUCCAGCUUCCAGAGACUCUGUCAGAUGCUCUAGGGCCUUACAGAGCUUGGUGGUAGAGCUAAAGACAGAACUGAGCAAACAGAGGACUGAGUACGAGACCAGUAUCAAAAGAAUUGAAGAAGCAAGUGCAGACCUGAGGAAGCAAGUGGUUAGGUUAGAAGAAGAACUGGACCAAGAACGAAAGAAAUACACAAUGCUGGAGAUAAAACUGAGGAAUUCUGAGCGUGCACGGGAAGACGCAGAGAAGAGGAAUCAUCUCCUGCAGAAGGAAAUGGAAGAGUUUUUUUCAACAUUAGGAUGUUUAACUGGUGGGAGUCAAAGUGCUAAAGUUCCCAAAUAGAACAACCUGAUGUACGUCACAGAAAACUCUAUUUCUGGCAAAUCCAGUGAAAAUGUACAUUUUGUUACGUUACGCUCAUGUAUCAUGGGUAACUCUGCAGUAAUUGUGCUCUCAGUGACAUGUGCUCUGUUGUCUUUUCAUGUUCUGUAAUAUUAGGGCCAGCUGGGAAAAGACUGCUAAACGUAAUGCUUGAACGUUUAGAUUUCAGAUUGCCAAGAAAGAGUGGACACAGUUUCUAUCCACAGGUCAAAAGGUUCUGGUCUCCAUUGCUGUACUCGUUGCGUUUUUGGAUUCCCUGCACCUUCCUUUUGCUGGGUCAGGGACAAUGCAGAGGCAUGGAAGAUGGGUGAGACCUGGGAGAACCACAGUUCCAGAAAGUCACCAUGUUCAGCGUGACUUAGCAUAUGGAUUGAAAAUAAGGUUUUUUCCUCCCUGCUCUCUACAUAAAGUUUGUUCAGAUUUCUCAUU